CUAAUCCAAAACCAAAGCCGGAGAGAAAAAGACCACAUCUCUAGCUUCCAAACCAAGAAAGCAGCUGCCAGUAAAACCCUCUAUAUAAGUAUAUAGUUCAUAUACAAUAUUAGCGGGCAAAAAUGGCAGCAGCUACUGUUUUCAACCGCAACUUCUCUUCUCUAGCCCUAGUUUUGGCCUUCAAUCUGGCGUUUGCUCUGACCAGCUUCACUUCUCCGGCGGAAGCUAGAGGAAAUGGAACCGCCGCGUCCUACACCGUCGAUCCUUCUUCUGCUUGUCCGAACGGUUCGGCGAUCAACGGCGGGCGAUUCCUGGCGAUGGUUCAAGCCAGAGCUUUCAACAAUGGAGCAGCCUGUGGGCGGCAGUACAAGAUCAGCUGCAUCGGCGGGACGAACGACGUCAAAGAGCCGUGCAUCAAAGGGAAGUGGGUGAACGUGACGGUUGCGAAUCUCUGCAGCGGCGACAGCUGUGACACUUUUACCCUCUCAACCGACGCUUUCGACGUCAUCGCCAAACACGACGCCGGCCGUGUUCAGAUCACCUACAAACGAUUGCAUUGAGAGAUUGAAGGCGUGGUAGAGAGAGCCGGACAUCGGUCGGCUGGCCGACGGGACGAUUAUAUCUAUGAUUCUAUAUACAUGUUUUAAGGGAUACAAGAUUUUAUGUUAAGCUCGCCCUUAGACUAUGUUAUUGUACCGGCUAGAUUAAACUUUGGUUGAUGGAUUUUUCAGACACGUUGUUUUUGACAUUAUUGUACUAUGUUCCGUGAUACAAUUACAAUAUAUUACAAGAUGAUUAAAUUUUUGAAGUGGUUGUGCCUCGUGUUGGAUGAGAUUUAGUAAUUAUCGGUAUCGUGUUUACCGGUGAAUUGAAUCUGGUAAAUAAGGUAUCCAUAAUCAAUUUAGUAUAAUUUU